UAAUUAUUCUUGCCUACUUCAACUACACCUUUAUUUUCAUUACAAAAUUUCCGCUUAUACACCCUAUACUAGGAACGCAUCUAUUACGAUUAACAAAAUACAACCAUGUACAUAAUUCCGAAAAAAUGCGCAACGCGAAAUUCGGACGCGUAUUUGUUUUGAUUUUUGUUUUUAUAAAAUUCUUUAUCGCAACAUCAUAAAAUAUUUAAUAAAACGAAAAUAAAAGACCUUAAUAUGAUAAAAUGUAUAAAAGUUAAAAGUAACUGGAAAGUGUGUCGUCAUAUUUAGUUUAAAGGAAGCUGAUGAGGGUACAUUUCCUAUAUCUAAAACCUGAAAUGGAUAACAUUUUCGUGGGACAAAUUGAGGAGCGUUUUACACAGCAAAAUUUUAAAGCAAAUUCCAAACGUGCCUAAAGACUUUAAAUGCCUAACUUAUAAACUACGUUGAUGUCUAGUACAGCUUGAAAUGCGUUAGUUCGCUUUGUUGCAAUAAGGUGCAAGAACUUCAUUGCGAGCGGGGCAAAUGUCGGACACAGGUGUAUAUGUUUUAAUUCACAACAAACGAUUACCAGUUUUGAGCGAUUUAUUUAAAAAGAUAAUGUAAAUAAAUGGAGAAAUACCUUAAUGUGAUGAUGUGGGUGGUUACGUGACUACAUAUGAAAUGAUGCACUUGAAUAUUUAGCUAUGAAAAACUACUGAGCUUUGUAAUUGAAUCGUGAAACUACUAAGUUUUAACUGUAAAUAAAAUUGAAAUCGCUCUCGGAGUAAAGAUUUGCAUCAAAACCAAAUAUAAAUAUGUAUGCCGACAACACUGCCGCGAAAAUGCAAAUUUCAGCUUUGGGAACAGAGGAAAUUCAACAUCUCGAUCUAGUGGAUUUCCUCACAUCCAUAUGAAUGUAUGUUGAUGCAUACCUAUUCGCACACACAAUGCCAAGCAGCGUCAGAUAAUAAACGCAGAUAGGGAGUAGAUAAAAAGUAAGGUCGCGUGUGAAAGCGUAUAAAGACAACCUCAAGCUGUAAAGAGCCGCAAAAUGUUGCUAUUUUCUCUGCUAAAGCAAUAUAAUUAAACAGAUUAGAAAGAAAUCUCAUUAAAGCAUAAUAGAAUAAAAUAAUUACAACACAGUUUGACCGAGGAAUCGCUUUAAAAUGCCUAUAUUGGCGGCGAAAAUUUCACAAGCCACAGCCUCAGCUGCCAUUAUGGCAACGCCAACAACGACAACGAAUUCCAUUGGCAGCAGCCAGGGCAAUGUAGACUCUGGCGCAACAAUAACAACAACGACGAUAACAGAUCCAACAAACACCGGUGGCGCGUUGAACCAUCAUUAUCAUCAUCCGCCGGCGCCGCAUGCGGCCCCAAACACCGUAGGCAAUGUCUUGUCGUCAUCGUCGUCGAUGGCACCUGCAACAACGUCUGUAGCUGGAGUAGCAGCAGCCCCAGCAAUAGCUAUGAGCACCGUUGCAGCUAGUUUAGCCACAUUUAACGGAAAUUCAAAUUUAAAUGUUGCCAACGGAAACAUUGGCGGCAGUGGCAAUCACAGCAACAACAACAGCAAUACUAAUAGUAACAUCGCCAGCAGUGGUGGUGUUGGUGGCGGUGGCAAAAAGUCAAUGACAACACUGAAUGCAUCCCGUGAGGAUGUUGCAUCACCACCUUCAACGCAGAUUCCUUUUCUACAGUCGCUCGCACAGCUGGGCAGUACCAUGCCAUCAACGUCAAUCAACAAUCACCAGUUGUCAGCGUCCAGCAGUCAAGGUAAUCGCAAUCAUAACAACAAUAACAGCAAUGGCACCGGCGCUAGCAGUAAUAAUAAUGGCAAUGGUAACGGCAAUGGCAACAGCAACGGCAACGGCAAUGGAAAUAUCAGCAGCAUCCUCAAAGGAAGUAAAGCUGUCACCGGAAUCACCUUUUUUGCAGAAAACUUGUUACAAAAUUGCUAUAAUGGCGGUACUACAAGCGAUAUUCUUGGGCCAGAAACUGACGAUCCUGGUGAUGGUUUGGGCCCAUUACCACCAAAGUGGGAGACAGCUUACACUGAACGUGGUGAAUUAUAUUUCAUCGAUCACAACACUGGCACCUCACAUUGGCUCGAUCCGCGACUGUCUAAAUUCCAGAAGAAGUCGCUUGAAGACUGUGGGGACCAUGAACUGCCUUACGGUUGGGAAAAAAUCGAAGAUUCUCUCUAUGGCACUUAUUAUAUAGAUCAUGUCAAUCGACGCACUCAAUAUGAAAAUCCCGUAUUGGAAGCUAAACGGCGAGCAGCUGAGCAGAAACAAAAACAGCAAAAUCAACCGCCACCGCCAGCGCACACCCAUUCACAAAACCAGCAAGUAGCCAGCAAAUUACAGCAGUCGCCGCCACCUAACCAGCAGUUGCAACAACGAUCGCAAACACCUUCAACUCAAUUGCCGUCUUCAAACUUAAAUGGUAUCAAUGCGAUUGGUGGUAAUGAUGUCGAUCGGGUCACUACGGUGGGUAUCAGUAUGAUAGAUGUAGCGCAACGUGGCAUGCAACCACCUCCACCCAAUGCGAGUUUACCAACGCCACCAACGGCAAUGUUGCCAUACAAGUUCACGCGAAAUCCCAGCGAGAUGCAGGGCGAACGUAUCACAGCGUCGCUGAUAAAGUCAGCGCGUGGCCUGGGCAUUACUAUAGUGGGCGGUGAUGACGGUGCCGAGGAGUUCCUGCAAAUCAAAUCAAUUGUACCACACGGACCGGCGUGGCUGGACGGCCAGUUGCAAACCGGCGACGUGCUGGUAUAUGUGAAUGAUACUUGUGUGCUCGGAUUUACUCACCACGAAAUGGUCAACAUUUUCCAAUCCAUUUUGCCGGGAGAAACCGUUACUUUAGAAGUAUGUCGCGGCUAUCCUUUGCCAUUCGAUCCCAAUGACCCGAACACAGAAGUGGUCACGACUAUAGCUGUGGACGGAAUGAGUGUUGCAGCGACAGACAAACAGCGACGGAUGUUGCUGGAUCUGCACAUGGAUGGAAAUUACAAUUUUCUUGAUAAUAGUGGUGGAGGGGAGGGCGCUUCAAAAGCCCAUUCGUACAAUCACAUACGUAGUCAGCACUCACCUGCCUCUGGCGGCUUGAAUGAUGGCUUCAUAUUAAUGAAAAAGCCAGAGCCGCAAGUGCAUACGUUUGCCAUUGUAAAGGGAUCCAUGGGGUUCGGCUUUACCAUUGCCGACUCCGCUUACGGACAGAAGGUGAAGAAGAUCCUUGACUACAAUUCUUGCACUCAACUGCAAGAAGGCGAUGUUCUAUUCGAGAUCAACGGCGUCGAUGUGCGCCAACAGAGUCAUCUCGAAGUUGUGCAAAUACUGAAGGAUUGCUCGAAAACCGAACCUACCAAUGUCAAAAUUCAACGUGGCGGUCCAUCCAACAACAGUGCCAGAGCGUCGCCAUCCGGCGCCAUAUAUAGUACCGUUACAAGUAACCCACCACCUACCAGCACCUCAAAUAGUAACCAAGGGAAUGUCGCAAAACUACGUAAAAACUUCACUUCGGCACUAUUUCGCAGCAAGACACCGACCGCAGAUCUCUACAGCACUCAGCAAAAGGAGAUUCUACCGGUACGCCCUAAAACGCCAUUGGUAGAUACGCGGCGCACACGAGCGCAGACACCUAAUGAUGAGAUCCAACAUGGUAAAGAUAUCAACGAUGGCACUUCUUUGGGAAAAGACGAUGGUAGAUUGUCGACAAGUAAAACCCAAUUGGAGUCGGGUACACUCAAAUCAACAAGUAGUCUUCAAGAGAUCGAAGCAAUCAGUCAAGAGAUACCGUUUUUGGAUCCGUACCCGAAAUUAGUCACCAGUCUUAGUGAGAGAUUGGCUGGAGCAUCGCUUCUCUCAGAAAUUACCGGAAAUACUGGCUCUAAUGGUGCUAGUGCAGGCUACCACCACUCCGGGGGACUCUCACUGCCGCCCAGUGUUGGUGACUCAAUGCGUUACGAUCACCAAGAGUACGUAACAGCUGGCGUGCGUGGUGGCAAUGUGAUCUACGGCAUUUCACCACAUCCUUCCAGUAUGAAUAAUUUCUAUGCGACGCAACAGUUGCCCACACCUCCUCAUCUGAAUAUAUCUGCUAGCAGCUAUUCGCCAUCCACAUCGCUCAGUCUGACAACAACUUCUGCCACACAGCAUCAUCAUCCACUCCAAUUGCCGCCACCACCACCGCCCCAUCCACACCCCCACAUAUCACAGUACUCGCCCGUACCGUUGCAUGCUACAACACCUCUGCAGGCGGCACACAUACAAAAUGAACGUAUGCAGAAGCGUGUAAAUGAGCUUUUAAGCGAUCGUCGUCGUGUUGGCUUUUCCGCGCUCGAUGUACUGCAAGCGCAAAAGCAUCCGCCUGCGAUGUAUGGUCAUCACCAACUGCUGCAACAGCCUCCAAUGCACCAGCAACAUUCUCCUGCUGUUAGCAGCGUUUCGCAACAAGCACCGAUCUCCUGGCUGGGAGCCGGAGUUUACCCUAACACUUCACAAGCAUCUCCUGGUGGUAAUUUGCCGUACAUGCAACGUAACGGUGGUGCGCUGGAUACUCGGGAUGAGUUGUCUACGGAUCAGUAUGAGCUGAGCGAGGUUACACUGGAGCGGCAGGCCCUAGGCUUUGGGUUCCGCAUUGUCGGCGGCACAGAAGAGGGCUCACAAGUGACAGUGGGUCACGUUGUGCCAGGCGGAGCUGCGGAUAAUGAUCACCGUAUUAAUACUGGCGAUGAGAUACUCAGCAUAGAUGGAAUCAAUGUGGUAAAUUCGUCGCAUCACAAAGUGGUUUCACUGAUGGGCGAGGCGGCACUGCGCGGUCAAGUAACGAUGAUAUUACGUCGUCGAUUAAUAUUAUCACAGCAGCCGCACCUGAUGCAUACACAACAGCACCAACAACAACAACAGUUGCCCUUGCCCUUGGCGCCGCCGACGGCGUUAGCUGUGCCUUUACGAAACGCGUUUCGCUACCCAUAUGACGUAAUAGUUGGCCGACAUGAGUCCGAAGGCUUCGGUUUUGUAAUAAUUUCAUCUUCGAAUCAGUUUUAUGGUUCCACAAUCGGCAAAUUGAUACCUGGCAGUCCUGCCGAUCGCUGUGGUGAAUUAAAAGUAGGUGAUCGUAUUAUCGCUGUGAACCGCAUUGAUAUUGCCGGCAUGUCACAUGGUGAUGUGGUCAAUCUCAUAAAGGAAUCCGGUCUCCAUGUACGUCUUACAAUCGGUUGCCCGAAAGACACAUUGCAGACACCAACAACUACCGGUGGCACAUCGACAUCAGCUCUACUCACCAACUCUGCACAAGUGUCACCAGGUCAGCUAUCUCAAACACAACUCUUGUAUACACCUUUAGCAACACAACAACAUAAACCACGCACAUCGCCAAACUUUUUGCCCAGCAACGAUGGCAGUGGUCCUUCCUACUUUGUUGAAAACCCUAGAACAAGUGCGGCAGCUAUCUUACCGCAACAAUCUCCACAACUACAACAGCAACAACAUCAUCAACAGCAGCAACAGCAGUUAGCACAACAUUUAUGACUUUGAGACUUUCAAAUAAGACUCUAUAAAAGCUUCCUUUAACGUAGGAACGCUCUUUAUGCACACAUAAAAAAUACGAAUGACAUUUCUUAGGUGAAUCGGAUUUAUUAACCCACUACAAAAAGGAAGAUUUUAUCAAUUCCUCGGAAUAUUUAUGUUUUUGUAUGUAUGUUGCCUGAUAACUUUGGGCCACGUGAACCGUCUUUGGUUCAAUUCCAUAGAUCGGAUCAUGAAGAAAUUAACUGUACCCUUAAAUUUCUAUAUGAGCAUUGAAGCUGUUUUUUUUGGCUUAAAAGUUACUUGUUUAUGAUAAACAUUUGUAUGCAGGCAAGGCACUUGAAACAGGUAAUAACUGUACUCCUAAAUUUUUAUAUGAUGCUUAAAAAUUACAUAUACUUACUUAUAUAUACAUGUACGCGAAUCAGAGUCCUAUGGAAAAAUGAUGUAAAUUUUUAUUGCGUUUCUAAUAUGAAAUAUCCCGGUUCACAGUGCGGCCAAAAUUCGAAACUUUGAAGAAAUGAUUCGAAAUUUCGUACAAGGGGGUUUUCGGGGUCACUUCCCAAUAAUCAUUAAGGUGAACGGUCGAAAAUGGCCUUCGAUAUCCGUGGCAGAUUUUAUUCGGUAGGUAAUACUUUUCUAAGUUACCUCCAAUAGGUUUAAAGGCAGCAUCCGACAGCGUGUUAUUACUCAAGUUUUUUAAAGGACAAAAAUUUCUACUUCUAAAAAAUUUCUGUUAUGGUGUUGAUAUUAAUUUUUUUUUUUUACUUAUUUUACUAGCCUUCAGACGUAGAUUCCAUUUUGUUUUGUUGCAUUUCCUUUACUCAAAGUCGUUUCAGACGUUUAUAUUUUUUCCCUUUAAAUCUACCAUAAUGUUAUGAUUGGGCAAAGACCACAUUCCGACUGAAAAUAAAGAAUCCCUUGGGUUACAGCCCGUUACUGUGAACGGUGUUCGCUUCUUAGAUAAUCCCUUUAGCCAACUUAAUGAUGAAAAAGCCCUGUCUAGAAACAUUUUUUUUUUAAUUUUGGCCGCACUUGUGCCCACUUGGACCCACUUGCAAAUGUAAUGCUUGGGAAUGCAAAAAGUAGGGGAUAGCUCCUAUAACUUAUGCACGAAAAGAUGCAAGAGUUUCUGUACAGAAGGUCAUACCACAUAAAUAGAAGAAAAAAAUUAAGAAAAAAUAAAGUUCGUGGCGUAGGUUUUGAAUCCGCGACCAACAAGUUGGCUUACUAUACAUUAUUACUUACUAUACAUUAUCCGUUCGCUUACAUUGCGAUGCAUCUUUUCGUUCAACCGUAGUUGUUAAUCUUUUCUUGGUAGAAAAA